AGCUGUCUGCAGUGCGCCCUCCGUGCGUCACACCGCUCCGUUCCUCCUGCUGCCGCCGCUGCUGCUGCUGCGCCACAGACACACACACACAGACAGACGGGCGUUCAGACAGAAAGGCAGCCUAGGAGCAGGAAGAGAAGGAAAAGAUGUCCGGUACCACGCUGCUGAGUGGGUUCCUGAGUUUGUGCCUGCUGUGGGCAGGAGGCGGAAUGGCUCGGAGCGGGGCAGUGAUCCUGCGGGACACCCUGGAGCGCGGCCCGGUCAGCCUGAACGACAUGUUCCGGGAGGUGGAGGAGCUGAUGGAGGACACCCAGCACCUACUGGAGGAGGCAGUGGACCAGAUAACCACGGAGAGUGCCAAAUCAUCCUCAUCCUCCCGGGACCUGCGUCCUCAAAACCACCGCCACAACCAGACCGCGAAGGUGAUAAAAGUAGGAGACAGAACUUUUCAGGUGGUGGACACAACAGACAAGGAAACUGACAACAGAACAGGAGAGACUCGUCUUUCUCACGUCCACAUGGAGAUCUCUGGCCAGUGGAACAGCGUGGACCACGAGUGCAUGGUGGACGAGGAUUGUGGUGACCUGAAAUACUGCCUGUAUGGGAUUGAGAACUCCAAGUGCCUCCCCUGCAUACCGACGGACAUGCCCUGCACCAAAGACGAGGAGUGUUGCUUAGACCAGAUGUGCGUGUGGGGUCAGUGCACAGUCAACGCCACCGAAGGAACAGAGGGUACGAUCUGUCAGGGUCAGAGCGACUGCAGGACGGACCUCUGCUGCGCCUUCCAACGAGAACUUUUAUUUCCAGUAUGUAACCCCAAACCAGAGAAGGGGCAGCCCUGUUUGAGUCACCCUAACCUGCUGAUGGACAUGUUGGCCUGGGACCAGGAGGGCCCCCGCGACCACUGCCCCUGUGCCGACGACCUCCAGUGCCAACCUCACAGUCGCGGAUCUGUGUGUGGAGUGUAGAUCUGAUCACUGUCGAUGACCUUAGCCAUUGUUCACCAAAGAAGAGUUCACCUGCUACACCAACACUUUGAUAAAGAAGUUGCUUCAGGACAGAACUUGCACUCUCUGUAAUAUUUAUGCCUUAAAAACCACAUGUAUUAUAUAUCACAAAAAAAAUAAAAUAAAAAUAAACGACUUGUUUUUAGCGUCGUCUGAAAACCAAAGAA